UUGUCUCCAACUCUUUAUUCCAUGUUCCGUAACCAUCGGUGCCGUGGGUCUUGUUACUUAACGCUGGCCGAAGCUCUCUCUCUCUGAGUCUCUCACAUUCUCUCCUUGAAUCUUCAAUAAUAUCAGAGUUAUUUGCUUCUUUAGGGUUUCAGGAGAAACGACGAAUCCAUCAUGGGUGGAGGAGGAGCCAUGAGAGCUGCAGCCAAGGUCGCUAGUUUCGGCGUUAAUGGCGGUCUGCGAGGUGUUCCGUCGGUGCCUCUAGCAGAGCAAUCGAUGGCGACUGCCUCUCGGAUGACGUCAAGGCCUUCGAAUUCUAUCGUCUCGUCAGUGGCCACAGAAGAAGGGAGGUCCUCCCUCUUGCUUUCUAGUCCGAAUGGGAAGAUCGAUGCAUCGGUUCAGAGGCCGUUGUGGGACGUUGAUGACUGGGAAUUUGCUGGGGGUGAAGAAGACAUGGUUGCAGAUUCGAUGACUCCGAUGCCUAGAGUUGUCUUUGGAGGAGUUCCAACUUUGGAGGAAGCAAAAGAGGCUACUUGCGAGUUGAAAGAUGCCCUAGAGCAGGUGUAUAUUUCUUCAAAUUCCGGUGCUGAUUCAGAAACAAAAGCUUGUGUCACUAAGGAAACUGCAGUGUCCAUUCCUACAGUGCCAAAACAUGCCCUUCAGGCAUUCGUGUUGCUGAAAGAGAGUUCUGCAGCCCAGGUUCCAACUUACUUCCCCUUAUUAUCUUCAAAUAGGGGAUCAUCGUCUAUUGCAUGGUGUCUUCUUUUUCUUUCUUAUAAUCGUUAAAUCGUAACUAUAUUUGGGUGAAUGGACUUAAAACCUUAACUGUUAACCUUUUGGGUCUGGAGUUCACAUGUGCUGUCAUAUUUCUGCUGAAUAAUGCUUACCCCCCACUCCAAAAAAAAAAAAAGAAAAAAAGAAAAAAAAAUUUUAAAGCAUGGCUAACAUAUAUCUUUUCUCAGCACAUUGCAUCAAGAACUUAUUUAACAUUAUGGCUACUUAGAGCUGAUAUGGAUUCACUCUUUUCCAACACCAUUAAGUUGGGAAAAGGCUUUGAUGUUGUUGUAUGGUUUCACUCUUUGGUGACAUUGAAUGUGGUACAGUAUUUUGGGCUUCUGUUCUUAAUAUUAUUUUUCCUAGGGUACAGUAUAGGAUCACCAUUCAUUUUUUGUGGUAUUCUAUUCAAAUAUUAAAAAAAGGGGGCAAGUGUCCGGCAGUGUGGCUUCUAUGUCUAUGCAAGACCCAAUUAGAGUCCCCUUUUGGUUCAACCUUUGAGGGGC